GCGCCGCCGGCCGCCGAGUCGCGCCUGCUCGUCUCGCACUUCGCCGAGCUGGGUCGCGACGGCUCGCUGGUGCAGCGCACCGUGCACACCACCGUCGACUACGUGCACCGGCUGGUGCCUGACCUGUUGCGCAUCGUCAACAGCCCGUUCUACUGGGGCGAGAUGGACCGCUACGAGGCCGAACGGCUGCUGGAGAACAAGCCCGAGGGCACGUUCCUGCUGCGCGACUCGGCGCAGGAAGAGUACAUCUUCUCAGUCAGCUUCCGCCGCUAUGGUCGGUCGUUGCACGCUCGCAUCGAACAAUGGGAGCGUCGGUUCAGCUUCGACGCUCACGACCCAGCCGUGUUUGCGGCGCCCACUGUCACCGGGUUGAUUGAGCACUACAAGGACGCGGCGCGCUGCAUGUUCUUCGAGCCCCUGCUGACGCGGCCGCUGCCGCGCUCGUUCGUCUUCCCGCUGACGCACCUCUGCCGCGCCGCCAUCGCCGCCUGCGUCAGCUACGACGACGUGGGCCGGCUGCGCCUGCCGCGCCCGCUGCGCCAGUUCCUCAUGGAGUAUCACUACAAGCAGCGCGUGCGUGUGCGUCGAUACGAGCUGCCCGAGGUGGCCGAGGCGGAGGAGCGGCCGCGCGCUGGUGCCGCCGCCGCCGCCGCCCCGAUGCCCCGCGCCAACGCCGUGCCGGGGCUCGUCGUGUGGGAUGCCGUCCUCCGGUAGCGGCCACCGUCGGCGCCGGGGAUCACGCGGCGCACGUGCUGGUGAACCUUGUCUUGGAGGGGGGUGGGCGCCGAGUGAUCCGGACUUUUGUACCGGUCCUGUGCCGGCAGACAGUGACGCUCGCUCUCGCGGGCUCGGUGCCUGGCGCGCUGGACGGUCCGGUGGGCCAGCGGAGCGUGCGACCUCCCGUCGCGGCCCGAUCCGCUCGUUAAGCGCAGGCGGCACGUUGCCUAGCUUGACUGCGGUCGUGAUAUUUGACUCAUGUGGCGCGUACGCGAUCUGCAGCGCACGUGCCGAUAUGCGGUAGGAUAUGGCUGUUUAUUUGUCGACGAGAAGAAUCUGACUGGCAGGACAGAGCAGAAGACGUUGUUUAUAUUUUUUGAACUUAUUGAUGUUAGUCUUAAGGCGUGCCAUCGCAGCGCAUGGCAGGCGAGACGUGAAAUGGCGUGUGCUAUACAGGAGUUAUUUGUGCUGCGUUGUUAAAGGACUGUGAUACCAAAUAAAGGUACCAAGCUUAA